GAAGGGUGUCAGCUGGUGUUUUCUGGUGGAACUCAGUUGGGAAACGAAAGGAUGAGUGAUUUGGAGGAAGACGAGGACAGAUCAGAGUCUUUGAGACCGACUCAUGCGGUUUGUAGUACGUCUGUCUGGUCUAAAGGAAAUCCUCCACCGGACAGUAAUGAACCUGGACCCUCACACAGAAAACAGGGAGCAGAUCCUCCAUUAUCCAGGCGUGUGAAGAGCGAGACCUUUCCCCCACCCUUCAGUAAUGAGCCUGGACCCUCAGACAAAAAGAGUCAGGAGAGACGGUUUCUACUACCUUCUGGUUCCCAAAUCUCAGAGACUCAGUGUGAAGUCGUGGUCUCAGCUCUGAAGUCCAACCCCUCCCAUCUGAUAGAGCUGGACCUGAGUUACAACAAGCUGCAGGAUUCAGGAGUGAAGACACUGUCUGCUGGACUGCAGAGUCCGAACUGUGGACUGGAGACUCUGAGAUUGAGUCACUGCAGUUUGUCAGAGAUCAGCUGUGAUUAUCUGGUCUCAGCUCUGAAGUCCAACCCCUCCCAUCUGAGAGAGCUGGACCUGAGUAACAACAACCUGCAGGAUUCAGGAGUGAAGCUGCUGUGUGGUUUUCUGGAGAGUCCACACUGUAGACUGGAGACUCUGAGAUUGUGGGGCUGCAGGUUGUCAAAGAUCAGCUGUGAUUAUCUGGUCUCAGCUCUGAAGUCCAACCCCUCCCAUCUGAGAGAUCUGGACCUGAGUAUAAACUACAACCUGCAGGAUUCAGGAGUGAAGCUGCUGUGUGGUUUUCUGGAGAGUCCACACUGUAGACUGGAGACUCUGAGAUUGAGUGGCUGCAGGUUGUCAGAGAUCAGCUGUGAUUAUCUGGUCUCAGCUCUGAAGUCCAACCCCUCCCAUCUGAGAGAGCUGGACCUGAGGAACAACAAGCUGCAGGAUUCAGGAGUGAAGCUGCUGUGUGGUUUUCUGGAGAGUCCACACUGUAGACUGGAGACUCUGAGAUUGAUUCGCUGCAGUUUGACAGAGAUCAGCUGUGAUUAUCUGGUCUCAGCUCUGAAGUCCAACCCCUUCCAUCUGAGAGAGCUGGACCUGAGCUACAACAAUCUGCAGGAUUCAGGAGUGAAGCUGCUGUGUGGUUUUCUGGAGAGUCCACACUGUAGACUGGAGACUCUGAGUUUGAAGUACUGCAGGUUGUCAGAGAUCAGCUGUGAUUAUCUGGUCUCAGCUCUGAAGUCCAACCCCUCCCAUCUGAGAGAGCUGGAGCUGAGUCACAACAACAAGCUGCAGGAUUCAGGAGUAGAGGUGUUGUCUGAUUUUCUGGAGAGUCCACACUGUAGACUGGAGACUCUGAGAUUGUGGGGCUGCAGUCUGUCAAAGAUCGGCUGUGAUUAUCUGGUCUCAGCUCUGAAGUCCAACCCCUCCCAUCUGAAAGUGCUGGACCUGAGUUACAACAAGCUGCAGGAUUCAGGAGUGAAGCUGCUGUGUGGUUUUCUGGAGAGUCCACACUGUAGACUGGAGACUCUGAGGAUUGGUCCCUGUGGCCUGUCAGAGAUCAGCUGUGAUUAUCUGGUCUCAGCUCUGAAGUCCAACCCCUCCCAUCUGAGAGAGCUGGACCUGAGUGUCAACAAUCUGCAGGAUUCAGGAGUGAAGCUGCUGUGUGGUUUUCUGGAGAGUCCACACUGUAGACUGGAGACUCUGAGUUUGUGGGACUGCAGUUUGUCAGAGAUCAGCUGUGAUUAUCUGGUCUCAGCUCUGAAGUCCAACCCCUCCCAUCUGAGAGAGCUGGAGCUGAGUAACAACAACCUGCUGGAUUCAGGAGUGAAGCUGCUGUGUGGUUUUCUGGAGAGUCCACACUGUAGACUGGAGACUCUGAGACUGAGUUAUUGCAGGUUGUCAGAGAUCAGCUGUGAUUAUCUGGUCUCAGCUCUGAAGUCCAACCCCUCCCAUCUGAGAGAGCUGGAACUGUGGGGAAACAAGAAGCUGCAGGAUUCAGGAGUGAAGCUGCUGUGUGGUUUUCUGGAGAGUCCACACUGUAGACUGGAGACUCUGAGAUUGAGUGACUGCAGUUUGUCAGAGAUCAGCUGUGAUUAUUUAGUCUCAGCUUUGAAGUCCAACCCCUCCCAUCUGAGAGUGCUGCAGCUGAGUGACAACAAGCUGCAGGAUUCAGGAGUGAAGCUGCUGUGUGGUUUUCUGGAGAGUCCACACUGUAGACUGGAGACUCUGAGACUGGGAUCCUGCAAGUUAUCAGAGAUCAGCUGUGAUUAUCUGGUCUCAGCUCUGAAGUCCAACCCCUCCCAUCUGAGAAAGCUGGACCUGGGUGGAAAUGAGCUUUAUGAUUCAGGAGUGAAGCUGCUGUGUGGUUUUCUGGAGAGUCCACACUGUAGACUGGAGACUCUGAGAUUGAGUGACUGCAGUUUGUCAGAGAUCAGCUGUGAUUAUCUGGUCUCAGCUCUGAAGUCCAACCCCUCCCAUCUGAGAGAGCUGGAUCUGAGUCUCAACAAUCUGCAGGAUUCAGGAGUGAAGCUGCUGUGUGGUUUUCUGGAGAGUCCACACUGUAGACUGGAGACUCUGAGAUUGAAUGGCUGCAGUUUGUCAGAGAUCAGCUGUGAUUAUCUGGGCUCAGCUCUGAAGUCCAACCCCUCCCAUCUGAGAGAGCUGGACCUGAGUGAAAACAAGCUGCAGGAUUCAGGAGUGAAGCUGCUGUGUGGUUUUCUGGAGAGUCCACACUGUAGACUGGAGACUCUGAGAUUGAGUCGCUGCGUUAUGUCAGAGAUCAGCUGUGAUUAUCUGGCCUCAGCUCUGAAGUCCAACCCGUCCCAUCUGAGAGAUCUGCAACUGAGUGACAACGAGGUGCAGGAUUCAGGAGUGAAGCUGCUGUGUGGUUUUCUGGAGAGUCCACACUGUAGACUGGAGACUCUGAGAUCGAAAUGCUGCAGUCUAUCAGAGAUCAGUUGUGAUUAUCUGGUCUCAGCUCUGAAGUCCAACCCUUCACAUCUGAGAGAGCUGCAGCUGAGUGGAAACAAGAAGCUGCAGGAUUCAGGAGUGAAGCUGCUGUGUGGUUUUCUGGAGAGUCCACACUGUAGACUGGAGACUCUGAGAUUGUGGCACUGCAGGUUGUCAGAGAUCAGCUGUGAUUAUCUGGGCUCAGCUCUGAAGUCCAACCCCUCCCAUCUGAGCGAGCUGAAUUUGAGUCUGAACAACCUGAAGGAUUCAGGAGUGAAGCUGCUGUGUGGUUUUCUGGAGAGUCCACAAUGUAGACUAGAGACUCUGAGAUUGAUUAACUGCAGUUUGUCAGACAUCAGCUGUGAUUAUCUGGUCUCAGCUCUGAAGUCCAACCCCUCCCAUCUGAGAGAGCUGAACCUGAGUCUCAACAACAAUCUGCAGGAUUCAGGAGUGAAGCUGCUGUGUGGUUUUCUGGAGAGUCCACACUGUAGACUGGAGACUCUGAGAUUGAGGAGCUGCAGUUAUUCAGAGAUCAGCUGUGAUUAUCUGGUCUCAGCUCUGAAGUCCAACCCCUCCCAUCUGAGAGAGCUGGACCUGAGUAACAACAAUCUGCAGGAUUCAGGAGUGAAGCUGCUGUGUGGUUUUCUGGAGAGUCCACACUGUAGACUGGAGACUCUGAGAAUGAGUGUCUGCAGUUUGUCAGAGAUCAGCUGUGAUUAUCUGGUCUCAGCUCUGAACUCCAACCCCUCCCAUCUGAGAGAGCUGGAGCUGAGUAAGAACAAGCUGCAGGAUUCAGGAGUGAAGCUGCUGUGUGGUUUUCUGGAGAGUCCACACUGUAGACUGGAGACUCUGAGAUUGAGUGACUGCAGUUUGUCAGAGAUCAGCUGUGAUUAUCUGGUCUCAGCUCUGAAGUCCAACCCCUCCCAUCUGAGAGAGCUGGACCUGAGUGACAACAACAAGCUGCAGGAUUCAGGAGUGAAGCUGCUGUGUGGUUUUCUGGAGAGUCCACACUGUAGACUGGAGACUCUGAGUUUGAGUUUCUGCAGUUUGUCAGAGAUCAGCUGUUCUUCUCUGGCCUCAGCUCUGAAGUCCAGCCCCUCCCACCUGAGAGAGCUGGACCUGAGUGGAAACAAGCUGCAGGAUUCAGUUGUGAAUCUACUGUGUGGUUUUCUGGAGAGUCCACACUGUAGACUGGAGACUCUGAGAUUGAGGGGCUGCUGGUUGUCAGAGAUCAGCUGUGAUUAUCUGGUCUCAGCUCUGAAGUCCAACCCCUCCCAUCUGAGAGAGCUGGACCUGAGUGACAACAAGCUGAAGGAUUCAGGAGUGAAGCUGCUGUGUGGUUUUCUGGAGAGUCCACACUGUAGACUGGAGACUCUGAGACUGACUUCAGAUCAGAAGAUGAGUGACUGUGUGGAGGAAGAGGAGGACAGAGCAGAGUCUCCAGUGUCCAGCUGUCUGUCUAUGAAGAGUGACCUGUCCAGAGAUCUUCCUUUAAACUUCAGUAAUGAACGUGAACCCUCAGACACACAAAAGAAGAGGAGUCAUGUUUCUGUGGAGGAGCAGCUGUCCUGCUGUGUUUUGUGUCAGGACGUCCUGAAGGAUCCAGUCUCUACCAGCUGUGGACACUGGUUCUGCAGACAGUGCAUCACCUCAUACUGGGACCAGUCUGCUUCAUCAGGAGACUCCACCUGUCCCCAGUGUGGAGAAAGAUCCAGAACAAGAGCUGGACUGCAGACAACCAGUCAGACCAGCACUGUACAAACAGAUAGUGGUCUGCAGGAGGUUUUAGAUGAACAUAAGAUCAGUCUGAAGACCAGAUGUGAACGUGUGACUGAAGGAACUGAUGAAACAGGAAGUGAAACCCUCCUCAACAGGAUCUACAUUGAGCUCUACAUCACAGAGGGACAGAGUGAAGAGGUUAAUACCCAACAUGAGGUGAGGCAGCUUGAGACAGCUUCCAAGAAGAAGAUCCUCCAUGACACUCCAAUCAAGUGCCACGAGAUCUUUAAAGCCUUACCUGACCAACAGAGACACAUCAGAGUGGUUCUGACGAACGGCGUCGCUGGCGUUGGAAAAACCUUCUCAGUGCAGAAGUUCACUCUGGACUGGGCAGAGGGCUUGGAAAACCAAGAUGUCAGUCUGGUGGUUCUGCUUUCGUUCAGGGAGCUGAACCUGAUCAAAGAUGAGCAGUACAGUCUUCUCACACUGCUCCAUGUUUUCCAUCCAACAUUACAGAAGGUCACAGCAGAGCAGCUCGCUGUCUGUAAACUUUUGUUCAUCUUUGACGGCCUGGAUGAAAGCAGACUUUCACUGGAUUUCCACAACAAUGAGGUUGUGUCUGACGUCACACAGAAGUCUUCAGUCAACGUGCUGUUGACAAACCUCAUCAAGGGGAAUCUGCUUCCCUCGGCUCUCGUCUGGAUAACUUCCAGACCUGCAGCAGCCAAUCAGAUCCCUCCUAAAUGUGUUGACAGGGUAACAGAAGUACGAGGCUUCACUGACGCCCAGAAGGAGGAGUACUUCAGGAGGAGAGUCAGUGAUGAAGAUCUGUCCAGCAGAAUCAUCUCACACAUCAAUAACUCCAAGAUCCUCUACAUCAUGUGUCUAAUCCCAGUCUUCUGCUGGAUCACUGCUACAGUUCUGGACCACAUGUUGACUAUAGACCAGAGGGGAGAGCUGCCCAAGACCCUGACUGACCUUUAUUCACACUUCCUGCUGGUUCAGACAAAGAGGAAGAAGCAGAAGUAUAAAGAGGGUCAUGAGACGAGUCCACAGGAGCUGAUGGAGGCUGACAGGGAAGUUCUUCUGAAGCUGGGGAGGCUGGCGUUUGAACAGCUGGAGAAAGGAAACAUCAUGUUCUACCAAGAAGACCUGGAGCAGUGUGGUCUUGAUGUCACAGAGGCCUUGGUGUACUCAGGAGUUUGUACAGAGAUCUUCAAAAGAGAGAGUGUGAUCUUCCAGAAAACAGUCUACUGCUUUGUUCAUCUGAGCAUUCAGGAGUUUCUGGCUGCAGUCUACAUGUUCCACUGUUACACCAACAGGAACACAGAGGUACUGGAGGACUUCCUGGGAAAAAAAUAUGUUAAUUCAACUCUGGAUGUCUUUCUGAGAGAUACCAUGGAGAAAUCCCUUGAAAGUAAAAAUGGCCACGUGGACCUGUUUGUUCGCUUCCUUCAUGGCCUCUCUCUGGAGUCCAACCAGAGACUCUUAGAAGGCCUGCUGGGUCAGACAGACAACAGUCCAGGAAUCAUCCAAAGCGCCAUCAACAACCUGAAGGAGAUGAACAGAGAUGAUAUCUCUCCUGACAGAAGCAUUAACAUCUUCCACUGUCUGAUGGAGAUGAACGACCACUCAGUCCAUCAGGAGAUCCAAGAGUUCCUGAAGUCAGAGAACAGAUCAAAGGAGAAACUCUCUGAGAUCCACUGCUCAGCUCUGGCCUACAUGCUGCAGAUGUCAGAGGAGGUUCUGGAUGAGUUGGAACUUAAGAAGUAUAACGCAACAGUGGAGGGACGACAGAGAUUGAUUCCAGCUGUGAGGAACUGCAGAAAGGCUGUACUUUCUGACUGUGAACUCUCAGAGAUUCACUGUGAAGUUGUGGCCUCAGCUCUGAAGUCCAACCCCUCCCAUCUGAGAGAGCUGAACCUGACUUGGAACAACCUGCAGGAUUCAGGAGUGAAGCUGUUGUGUGCUGGACUGGAGAGUCCACACUGUAAACUGGAGACUCUAAGAUUGAGUCGCUGCAGUUUGUCAGAGAUCAGCUGUGAUUAUCUGGUCUCAGCUCUGAAGUCCAACCCCUCCCAUCUGAGAGAGCUGGAACUGAGUAUCAACAAGCUGCAGGAUUCAGGAGUGAAGCUGCUGUGUGGUUUUCUGGAGAGUCCACACUGUAGACUGGAGACUCUGAGAUUGAGGGGCUGCAGUUUGUCAGAGAUCAGCUGUGAUUAUCUGGUCUCAGCUCUGAAGUCCAACCCCUCCCAUCUGAGAGAGCUGGAACUGGGUCACAACAAGCUGCAGGAUUCAGGAGUGAAGCUGCUGUGUGGUUUUCUGGAGAGUCCACACUGUAGACUGGAGACUCUGAGAUUGAGUGGCUGCAGUUUGUCAGAGAUCAGCUGUGAUUAUCUGGUCUCAGCUCUGAAGUCCAACCCCUCCCAUCUGAGAGAGCUGGAGCUGAGUGGAAACAAUCUGCGGGAUUCAGGAGUGAAGCUGCUGUGUGGUUUUCUGGAGAGUCCACACUGUAGACUGGAGACUCUGAGUUUGAGGGGCUGUAAGCUCUCAGAGAUCAGCUGUUCUUCUCUAGGCUCAGCUCUGAAGUCCAACCCCUCCCAUCUGAGAGAGCUGGACCUGAGUCUCAACAAGCUGCAGGAUUCAGGAGUGAAGCUGCUGUGUGGUUUUCUGGAGAGUCCACACUGUAGACUGGAGACUCUGAGAUUGAGUGAUUGCAGUUUGUCAGAGAUCAGCUGUGAUUAUCUGGUCUCAGCUCUGAAGUCCAACCCCUCCCAUCUGACUCAGCUGGACCUGAGUGAAAACAACCUGCAGGAUUCAGGAGUGAAGCUGCUGUGUGGCUUUCUGGAGAGUCCACACUGUAGACUGGAGACUCUGAGAUUGAGGGACUGCAGUUUGUCAGAGAUCAGCUGUGAUUAUCUGGUCUCAGCUCUGAAGUCCAACCCCUCCCAUCUGAGAGAGCUGAGGCUGAGUAACAACAAUCUGCAGGAUUCAGGAGUGAAGCUGCUGUGUGGUUUUCUGGAGAGUCCACACUGUAGACUGGAGACUCUGAGAUUAAUUUACUGCAGGUUGUCAGAGAUCAGCUGUGAUUAUCUGGUCUCAGCUCUGAAGUCCAACCCCUCCCAUCUGAGAGAGCUGGACCUGAGCUACAAUCACAAUCUGCAGGAUUCAGGAGUGAAGCUGCUGUGUGGUUUUCUGGAGAGUCCACACUGUAGACUGGAGACUCUGAGUUUGAGUUUCUGCAGUCUGUCAGAGAUCAGCUGUUCUUCUCUGGCCUCAGCUCUGAAGUCCAGCCCCUCCCACCUGAGAGAGCUGGACCUGAGUGGAAACAAGCUGCAGGAUUCAGUUGUGAAUCUACUGUGUGGUUUUCUGGAGAGUCCACACUGUAGACUGGAGUCUCUGAGAUUGUUGGACUGCAGUUUGUCAGAGAUCAGCUGUGAUUAUCUGGUCUCAGCUCUGAAGUCCAACCCCUCCCAUCUGAGAGAGCUGGACCUGAGUGACAACAAGCUGCAGGAUUCAGGAGUGAAGCUGCUGUCUGAUCUUGUGAAGAGUCCACACUGUAGACUGGAGACUCUGAGGUGGAAGUGAUCUCCGUCAGAGUGUAAGAGAUGAGAAAGGUGGUUGUAUUGAGAGGAUCAGCUGUUUGAGCUGGUAUUUCAAAAGCAUAAUCUGGAUCAGAAUGUAAUCUCCUUUUUCUGAGUCAAGGGUCAAACUGAUCUCACUGACUUUAGCGAGGGUGACCUCACCAAUUCGCACAGGACUAGCAUUAGAGGGUACCUCAUGUGAUUUAGUGUUUCGUGCAAGUCUACUUUUACCUGAAUUUAUAGUGAAAAUGAAAUUAUAGACAUUAUUAUUAUUGGUGUGUUAAUGAAGCUACAACUGCUGUGCCACAUGAGUAAAUGGGCACAUUUCUCUCAAUUUAAAGAUGCACUAAUGGUUUCUGCUGAUGUGUGAUGCUGCAGGUAUUAAAAUAAAAGUUUUAUAUCUAACAAAACUAUAAAAUACGACCUUAAAUCACAGAGAUACUGAUUCACACAGGACUGAUAUUAUCACAGAACCACUGUAUUAUGGUCAGUAAUUUCCAGUGGAAUUUUUACUUUACAAAUUACUAACAUGUCAGAUUCAUAUGGUAUUAAGGUCACAGGCCACCUCGGCGGUUAUUACUGAUCACAUGGGCCCAGUUUAUCUUUUUUGGAUCAGAGUUAUCCAGAUGUUGUAAUGCCUUAUUUUACUAUCCCAGAUUAAACUGAUUUUCUAGGU